CUUAUACACAUACACCUUCCGAACCACAACCGAUCCCAACAAUUCCUGAAUGUGGAUCACCCAGCUCGCUGGAGGGAUCCAGUUGAGCGAGGUCCGGGCCGAGACAAUCCGGCGGGCGGCGCGGGUGACGAAAAUCGACAUGGUCGAGGCGGAGGUCAGUCUGUGGUCGAGAGAGGUGUUUGACAACGGGGUGGCCCAGGCGUGUGCGGAGAAUGGGAUCGUUUUGGUGGCUCACACGCCGCUGGGUGCGGGGAUGCUGACGGGGACGAUCAAGUCCGUGGAUGACCUACCAGAGACGCAUCACCGCACGGUACCGCGCUUUCAGCCGGAGAGUAUUGCACAGAAUCGCGGGUUGGUGGAGGCGUUGGAAAAGGUCGCCCAGGAGAAGGGGUGCACGGUGGCGCAGCUGGCGUUGUCGUGGCUGAGGGUUCAGAGCAAGAGGCCGGGAAUGCCGGUUAUCGUACCUAUUCCAGGUGCGCGGUCCGAGGCACGAGUGUUGGAGAAUGUACAAGAUGUCGAGUUGACCGACGGUGACCUGGAGAGGAUCAAUAUCAUCCUUGAGGAGCAUCCAGUGGCGGGGGCGAGGUUUCCCCCCGCUGCGGCCAGGUUGAAUGAGUAUUAG